UCUGCCAGAAUGUGAACUUAUCACAGCUAAAGGCUAUUUGGAGUUCCUCGGAAUUAGGUGGCAUUUGUGAAACACUCUCGUAUUUAUUUUUUAUUCAUUUUGGUCUGUCUUUGGUGUUAUAUGAACGGUGAUUCGGCGUCUGUAAGAAACCUCCAGUUGGAUUGCUGCGGGGGCUUAAGUAACGUGGAUUAUAGCAAGGUUGACGUCUCAGUGAUGGCCGCCGUGCUGCAGUACCUGGACCCCUGGGACGCCCGCUUCUGUGUGGCAGUCAUCGCCGUCGUCUUCAACCCCUUCUUCUGGAACGUGGUGGCCAGGUGGGAGCACCGGACCCGGGGUCUGACCAGGCUGUUUGGGGGGCCCUAUGUGGCCUGUUACUUCCUGGGGCUCCUCAUUAUCCUUCUCAAUGUGUACCGCAGUCACAGCAUCACAGUGGCUAUAAAAGCGAAGGGCCGGUGGGAGGGGCUGGACAGUGAUCAGGUGUUCUACGGUGGCGCCGCCCUGAUGGCCACAGGCUUCGCCCUCGUCCUCAGCAGCUUCCUGGCGUUGGGAUUCACCGGAACCUUCCUGGGGGACUACUUUGGGAUCCUCAUGGACCAAAAGGUGACUGGCUUCCCCUUCAAUGUGAUGGACAACCCCAUGUACUGGGGCAGCACUGCCAACUACCUGGGGCUUGCACUCAUGAAUGCGAGUCCUGUGGGGAUUGUACUCAGUGCAGUUGUUGCAGUCUCAUACCGAGUUGCCAUCAUAUUUGAAGGACCUUUCACUGAGGAGAUCUACCGGCAAAGAAAGGGAUGCUCCAAACGGGAAUGAGAAGGGCGCUGUGUGUGUGUCAAGUUCCGUUCCUAAAAGGUUGACACGUCCCUCAAAGCCUUAACUGGCAGCUGAUUGGAAGGAAACCCUGAAAAAUGCACAGCCACUGCAGCCCCCUGGGACUCCCCUGCUGGAAGCUAUCGGGACAUCAAAAGCAGUGUGGACAUCAGCAGUUUAAAUGGCCAAAUUCUGAAAUGCAAACGAGAUGGCAAUUUAAUCACCCAAUUACCUUUCCUUUCUUUGUUUCUUCAGUGGGGGAUAGUCUACUCCUAACCUUGACAAGCAAGCACACACACACACACACACACACACACACACACACGCACACUCUCUCACACUCAAACAUGCAGUCAUGCACACACACACACGCACGCACACUCUCACAUACACACUCACAUACGCACUUACAUACAAACACACACACACCUACUCAGCCGUCCGCUCUCUAGCACACUCACACACGUACACACUCAUGCUGACACACACACACACACACACACACACACACACAUCCCUGUGAGGUUUCCACCAAGGUUCCAGCCAUUCGAUAGCCUUUGGCCUUCACCAUUCCUAUUAUGGUCCCUGUUAUGGAACACAGGACUGCAUUCUGGGAACUUAUCUUUCUCAGUUUAACCAGCGCUAAAUAUUCCCCUGCAUUUAGUCAUUCAAUUCAGUUCGUAAUUGCCUUUUUUUAAACACUAAAACUUCACUAACUCUCUUCUUGGUUCCUUUUCCCUGUGAGAAAUGAAAGUGACGCAGAGAUGUUUCGUCAGUAGUUUCUAAUUGAAGCUCCCUGGCUCUGUGUGGGAGUCUGCUCUGAGUUUAGUGCACUCCUGGGAGAAUGGGAUGUGGCUUUCUCAAGGCCAGACCAUAGCCAGCCACUCACCAGUGCAGUGUCCUCAUUCUGGCACAAUGUGAUCACAUGUAAAAGGUCAGAUUCAGGGCUGUCCACUGAGGGGAAAAGCUGGCGAUAUUGUUUAUUAAGGGCAUUGUGACUUAUUAUGAUCAUCUAAUGAUGUUAUACAAAAGCACUGUAUUGGCACAGUUGGAAAGCCCAGGGGUCAGAAAGUAGUGUUUUGUUUACCCAUGAGCCCAUGCCAGCUGAUUUCACCAAUUCAUUCUACUGUACACCCUAGCUGAAGACCUGUGCUAACUAGAAAAUCCUGGUGACUGGAACACGAACUGGAGAAGGCUUUUACUUUCUGAAACGUCAAUUUUUCACACACAGCUGUAUAUUUAUUUGGUUAAUGAUAUCCCAGAUGGGACAAAAACCUUUUAUUUUUUAUUUUGGCAAUAUGGGACUCUUGGCAACCCCAUUGUGUGUGUGUGCGUGCGUGUGUGUGUAUGUGUGUGUGUUGGAACAUCGGAGCGUUUGAUUAAUGAGGACACCAGUGAGGGGUCAGUAAAUCACUGUCGGUGGUAUUUAUAUGAACUGCUCGACUCACAGACUGAAGAAUAGGCCUGCUAGAAUCAGCUCUACUGUCCUUUACAGAACCAGGGUUUUUUUCCUACUUAAAAUUAAUUAAGCCAGGAAUAGUCAUUAGCUAGCUAGCAAAGUUAGGUACAGUAAUGAUUGAUGUAAUCACCAUGUCAUGUAUUUAAUGUUUAUUGAUUUUAAUAUUUUAUCUUGUGGAGCCCAGCCCAUUGUAUUUGCAUAGUGUGAAUUCUAGCUACAUCAGGUGUCCACCCAGCUGUCAGGCUCCCAAUUCACGCCCACUCAUUUUCAGAACCUCACCUAAAUGAAUCAUUUUAAAAAGCAAACUAACCAUGGUGGAUAUUAGAUUGAGGGGGGCACUAACAUCAAAAAUUAGCAAUGGGUAAGUUGAAUUGAGUGGCAAAUAGCAAAUAACUUCAGAGAAGUGGUUUCCCAUAACAUCAUCAAGCACAGGAGAAAAAAACACCCAAAAAUAUUGUUGUACCAAUAGGCUGACUGAGUUGACUGAGUUAAAAUCAGUAUUUGAAUGUAUGCAAGAACAAUCAUGUUUGUGUGAUUUUAUUUAAUGUUAUUUAUUCUGCAGUUGUAAGUAGUGAGUGGUUUGGCGCAUGGUGAGGGAUUAUCCAUGUCGUAGGGAAAAGAGACGUGACACUUUUUAGGGCGCACUACAAAUGUAAGAUGCAGGCUUUAUAUUUGGUUUUCAUAUUUGGAGAGUAUUUGGAGAGGGACCAAAGAGAAGUACGGUUUCCCCUACAUCCUAUCCCCUAUUUUUUUGCAUGCCAUUCCCGAAACCCUACACCCUCCAACACCUAUACCCUACACCUUCCAACACCUAUACCCUACACCCUCCAACACCUAUACCCUACACCUUCCAACACCUAUACCCUACACCCUCCAACACCUAUACCCUACACCUUCCAACAACUAUACCCUACACCUUCCAACACCUAUACCCUACACCUUCCAACAACUAUACCCUACACCUUCCAACACCUAUACCCUACACCCUCCAACACCUAUACCCUACACCUUCCAACACCUAUACCCUACACCUUCCAACACCUAUACCCUACACCCUCCAACACCUAUACCCUACACCUUCCAACACCUAUACCCUACACCUUCCAACACAUAUACCCUACACCUUCCAACACCUUUACCCUACACACUACCCUCCUACACCUUUACCCUACACACUACCCUUCAACACCUAUACCCUACACCCUCCAACACCUUUACCCUACACCUUCCAACAACUAUACCCUACACCCUCCAACACCUAUACCCUACACCUUCCAACACCUAUACCCUACACCUUCCAACACCUAUACCCUACACCCUCCAACACCUAUACCCUACACCCUACCCUCCAACAGCUAUGCCCUACACCCUACAACACCUAUACCCUACACCUUAUCCUGGUGAGAUGGUCAGUAACUCAGGUGCCCAGCAGUGUUCAAUGGUCACCCCCCACGCAGGGGCAGUGGAGACCCCCGUAGGGUGCAGAAAGGCACAGGCUCACCCAUAAAUGUGAAAUGAGUGUGAAGCCAAAGGUGCGUGAGCGUGAUAGCAGCUUAAAAGAGGUCUUCUGUUCCAGAUAUUGAAAUGGCACAUACUAGAGCACAGCUGAGAAUUGCAUUUUUUUCUGUCUCAGGAAUUAAUUGGGGUUUGUGGUAAAGAGGUGAUGGUGUUUCCCUCUCUGUAGGGGGUAUCAGUUCAAAUGGCACGUGAUAGGUCAGCUAUGCGUCACCGUGAGACAAGUUUGGAAAUCAAUGGAGCUGAAUCCUCUGGUAAACUGCCAACACACAGAUCAUUUAAUUCUGUGUUCUAAAUGUGGGUUUAAUUGUUAUUAUUAUUGUUAUUAUUAUUAUUAUUAUUAUUAUUUAUUUUAUUGUUUUUGUUCGCAAAAACAUAACAUAAUAUUGUCCGGAAUAUGGGGGCAUUGGACAAUAUUAUGGAGUUUUAACUCAAAACAUUUCAAUGUUAUCUUGUUGCCUUGUUUUGUGUUGUUUUCUCCCUGUCAAUGGUAUUGGACAACAUGUAGUACAUUGUAAAUCCGUGUAAAUCUUAACCAGUUAUGUGUAUAGGUGAGUACUAUUAGGUUGUCGUCAAUCAUAUGUUAGAAGUGGUCAUGUAUUUUUGAAUUAAUUAGCAUUUGAAAUGUCAGUCACCAAUAGACUCUCUUUUCAAUCAUGACCGAGUAGCAUAUUGUUUCUGCUGUACUGCUGUGAAUACUGUCCCAUUGUUUUAACCACAGUAGUUUUUUAUGUCUUUUUUCUAAAUUCUAAGUCAGUGUUCUAGAACUCCAUUGCUUUCAGUUCCCAGUUGGGGUUGUGACAUCAGCACUAGAAUGUUCAGUUAAUGCCUAUGGCUGGUUCUGAUCACGGUCACACUCAUGGUCAUGAUGGUCAUGGUGAGACCAUUGUUGUACGGUAAUAACCUGUAAUGACCCCUCUCUCUCCCGUAUAAAUAAAAACCAGCGGUGUACGGAGCCUGGGUCCUGCUUA